GUAUAGCCCACAAAGAUCUCCGCCACAGCACAACCCAAGGGGAGGCGCCAGGUGGGGUUGAUGGGGGAAGCUGGACUGUCGGGCUUGUCUGGAUUGGAAGUAGGUUUGAAGUAGACUGGGAGGCAUUAAAGACAAAACCCACAUUGGUUUGGAAAACUGUUAUUGCUCAGUACUCGCAAUGUCUGUCAUGGCUUUGUAGAAUACUCUGUCAACCUGUUAUUGUUACAGGGUGUUCCAGGUCCUUUUGGAUUGGCUGGGGCUGAUGGACCACAAGGGCAGAAGGGGGACAAAGGCACUUAUGGUGUGGUUGGGGAUUCUGGAAACGCAGGCCUUAAGGGCGUGUCAGGAAGAAGAGGAUUGAAGGGUGACAUGGGAAAAUCUGGACCAACGGGGCCAGAGGGUCUGCUGGGCAACAGAGGGCCCCAGGCGUCCCCUGGAUUGGAGGAUGUGUCUGGUGAGGCUGGGCCUCAGGGAGCAGUUGGCCUACCAGGACCUCUGGUCGACCAGGCCCUGAGGAGAGACAAGGCCAGAAAGGUCAAAAGGUCAGGUCAAGCUUCACCAUUCAUCUGUCUUUACAUCUACUUCUGUAACACUAUUUAUCCUACUCUGACAUCCUACCUGCAUCAAAUCCACCUCAUCUACAUUUACUGUAGCUAUGUGAUUGUCGAUUGCUCGUUUUUUGAUGGUCGAAGUGGGAAUCCAGGAAAGACGGGACACAUCGGGAGGAGGGUCAGAAUGAAGCCAUCCCUUUUUCACAUAUUACAAUUUCUCAUUUCAAUGUAUAUGGGUCUUGAUUCUUGAUUCUAAAAGCUGUUUUUGUUACCAUGUAAGGGGAAAAUAGGGAAAUCUGGAAGCAGAGGCUGAAGAAGAGGGAGAGGAGGAAAGGUCAUCACUAUUGACUGGAAAGAGGGGAGAUUUUAGUUCAACCAGGCCUCCAGGAAGACAAGGGCCUUACGGGACACUUGGCAUACAAGGAGAGAAGGGUGAAAUGGGUGAACCAGGAGUCGAGGGAGAGAAGGCAGAGAUGGGACGGACAGGCCCUCCUGGAGUUCAGGGGCUGAAGGGGACACAAGGCCCUUUGGGAGAGCCAGGGAGCGAUGGCCUAAAAGGAGAACAGGGAGACAUUGGUUCUCAUGAGGGGUGGGGGACCCCAGGUCUAACGGGACUUCCUGUGACUUUCAAUUGGUGGAUUGACUGAGGGCACUGACUAAAUGGACUAUUCACCUGAAUAUCAGGAUCUAAAAGGAUUUGCCGGAAAAUCAGGUCCUGUUGGAGUGAGAGGCCUGCCUGGUCUCCCUGGACCUCCUGCCCCCCCUGGAACCUCUCUGAACCUUACUCUGAACCUUACUCUGAACCUUACUUUACUCUGGCACAGAUCAAGGCAAGUUGUUGGUAAUCUGUCAAAGCAAAUCCCCCCCUGACCAGGACCCCAACUACCUCCUGAUCCAGACUCUGCUGGACCCUUUGCACCAGGACCUGUGCUUGUUCAUAGAUCCACCAGAUGGCACUAAAGAACACCCGGCUACCACCUGCUUGGCGCUGUGGCUGUCCCAGCCGAACUUCACUAACGGGAUGUGUUACAUUGAUCCUAACCAGGGCAGCCCAGCUGAUGCCAUUCUGGUCUACUGUGACUUCACUGCAGCACCAAAGAGCUGUCUGUCCCCGCUCCAGCCUCAGUUUGAGUAUCCAGGACCGGAUGUAGUGCAGAUGAGGUUCCUUAGGUUAAACAGCAGGCUCACCAGUCAGAACAUUACCUACUCCUGCCAGCCUGAGACAGACAGGGAUCAGGGGAAAGAGAGGUGAAGUUCCUGGCAGACACACAAAGACAAAGUUACCUGUGGACAUUACGAGAGUGUGUGUCCUCUGAGGAGCUGUAUUCCGGAGACCGUCGUGAGUCAGCGAGGACCUCGAUUUGCUUCCACUGAGAGAUCUGGCAGUGUUAGGAAGCAGUGACCUCACACAGGAGUUUGGAUUCACUGUCGGGUCUGUGUGCUUCAGCUAAAGGAAAGAGAGACAGUCUCUCUAAGGACUGAUAAGAGCAGAGACAACAAUGAGACAAUCACCAGACAACCUCCAGCUAGUGGGGAAAUGACUCAGAGAUACUGGAAAGAGACAGAGAAAGGCAUCAGCAUUUCUCCACUUCUCAUGACAGAAUUGUUUAUUGACAAAGUAGAAGUACCAACCAACAGGACAAAGUGUCUGGUUAACCAGUUAAUAAACAUGAACUGGUUGGUCUGUGGCCAGGGAUAUUCUUGAGAGAAAGUAUCUUUGUAUUUUGUGUACACUGAUUUCAUUUGUGAUAUUGAAACAUGCUUAUUCAUGUAAUUGGUUUAAAUGAUGGCGGUUUCCUUAAAUGUUUAUGGUGCUAUAAUUCUGUUUUUUACAAACCUUCCCAUACUUAAUUCAGGUAUGUUCUUGACCAAGAGCACUGUGGUUUACACAACCUUCACUGCCGCAACUUAACAAUGUGUCCCAAAUCUGUGCUCACUCUACCCUUACAUCCCAAGUUAGAAACUAAGGAACAUAUCAAUAUUGAUCCCUUGGUCAAAAAGUAGGAAGACUAAUACAAUGAGGACUAUUAGGAGCUAUGACAAUUAAUUAAUUGUAUUUGGUGAUAACAUGUUAUGCAUUAUUGCAGCACCUGAUAGAUGCAGUAGCCUAACUACCAUUGGUGAAAUUGUAAUGUUCUGAUGUCUGUUGAAACAGAGGAACAAUGCGGUACUAUAAAACAUGUUGUCAAAGUUGAUGUAUAUAGGUCAUUCAAUAAGACCAACGUUGACGUUUUCUGUAGAUUCUUUGUGUCUCCUGUGUUUUUACCUCACUGCACCUUAUUAUGAUGUCCCUGCUAGAGGUUUAUCUUUGUCCCUCCUCAAUUUACCACAUGAUUUUACACCCUGACCUGGCUUUAUUCUCCCAUGAACCCCAACCUGAGAAGCUUUGACAAGGGAAAAAUGACUCCCCAGUUCUGUGAAAAACAGUACUGAUUCGAAUGGAAAAACUCCAGGAGGGACUUUAUGUGGUGGCUGCUGUUGAUAAUGUGCUUACAAUUGAUACUGGAUUGCAUGCAGCAGGCUUUGAACAUGGUAUGGAACUUCAAUGACAGAGACAAAGCACUGUGCCUAUGACUUCACCGUGGGGUGGGCUGGAGACAUGAACCCAUCAUCAAGGACGGACUUUGUGUCUUUAACCCUCACUGGACAAGGAAGUGGCAUCUAUAAUAACAGUAAACAGUGGACAAGACAGUCCUGCUGGAGGAAAUGGAAACUGUUAUCCAGAUUGCAGCGCAACCUAAUCCUCUUCACCGUGGCUCUCAUGUUAGUUUGUGGGAUUGCUACUAACCCCAGUGUCACAGAACAUUUCCGAGGCUUGGCUGUUGUUGCGAAGGAGGAAGGGGACCAUGCUCUGAAACCUGUCAUCCAUGAGGUCCAACCUGAGUUGGACAAACUGAACCGACCGUUAGUACCAGAGUCACCUUCAGAGAAGCAGAAGAGGGCAGCCCACAAGCGGGGGCCACCCGGCCUGCAGAACCGACUGCAAAAGAAAGGGAACGUGUCAGAUACCCAGGUGGAGAAAGAGGAGGGAGAGAAGCCACUUGUUAACUGGCGUGUGGCCAUGAUUGACCAAGCCACUGAAAGAAGAACUGCCAAGGAAGCAGCGAACAAGGUGGAUGUCCCAGAGGUUGAGCAAGAGGGCCAUUCACACAAGGAGCCAGAAGUCGAUAGGCUUGAGGCAGUACGUGAUGCUUUCAGACAUGCAUGGAAGGGCUACAAAGAGUUUGCCUGGGGGAAAGAUGAGCUGAGGCCCAUGUCUAAGUCCUAUGGAGAGUGGUUUGGCCUAGGCUUGACCCUAAUUGAUGCACUGGAUACAAUGUGGAUCCUCAACCUCAAAAAAGAGUUUGAGGAGGCUAAGACCUGGGUGUCCACAGAGCUGUCCUUUGAUAAAGACGUGGACGUGAACCUGUUUGAGAGCACCAUCCGUAUCCUGGGCGGCUUGCUAAGCACUUACCAUCUGACUGGAGACACUCUGUUCCUGGACAAGGCUAAAGAUAUAGGAACGAGGUUAAUGCCUGCCUUCAACACCCCAUCCAAGAUCCCCUACUCAGAUGUGAACAUUGGGAAGGGUACGGCCCACCCCCCUCGAUGGACGUCGGACAGCACUGUUGCGGAGGUCACCAGCAUCCAGCUGGAAUUUAGAGAGCUGAGUCGCCUCACUCAGGACACACGCUACCAGGCUGCAGUGGAUGAGGUCAUGCAGAAAGUCCACAAGCUGGAGGGGAAGCAGGAUGGCCUCGUCCCCAUGUUCAUCAACACCAACAGCGGCCAGUUCACCCAUUUGGGGAUGUUCACGCUGGGUGCACGGGCAGACAGCUACUACGAAUACCUCCUCAAACAGUGGAUCCAGGGAGGCAAGAAGGAGACGGCGUUGCUGGAGGAUUACCUGCAGGCCCUGGAGGGAGUGAAGAAGAACCUGCUGAAGAAGUCCUCUCCGAACAGGCUGACCUUCGUUGGGGAGCUUUCCCAUGGCAGGUUCAGCCCCAAAAUGGACCACCUGGUGUGUUUCCUCCCUGGGACCCUGGCUCUAGGGGCCCACCACGGCCUGCCAGCAGAACACAUGGAGCUGGCCAAGCAGCUGAUGGAGACCUGCUACCAGAUGUAUGCCCAGAUGGAGACUGGCCUGAGCCCUGAGAUUGUCCACUUUAACAUGCACGAGGGCAGCAUCGGAGAUGUAGAUGUGAAGCUUGCAGACAGACACAACCUCCUGCGCCCUGAGACGGUGGAGAGCUUGUUCUAUCUGUACAGGUUCACUAAAGACAGGAAGUACAGGGACUGGGGCUGGGAGAUCCUUCAGAACUUCAACAAGUAUACCAAGGUUUCUACUGGUGGCUACACGUCCAUCAACAACGUCCGGGACCCAGAGUACCCCAGCCCCCGGGACAAGAUGGAGAGUUUUUUCCUGGGGGAGACUCUCAAAUACUUCUACCUGCUGUUCUCCGAUGACCCGGAGCUGCUCAGUCUGGACAAGUAUGUGUUCAACACAGAGGCUCACCCCCUGCCCAUCUGGCCCACUGCACAGUGAGAGAUACACAGGGCAAGUCAACAUGAAGCACAUAUACAGUAAUACAUCACAGCUCAGGGCUUGGCUAACACCAAUAUAUCUAGUUAUUCCUUAUUGCAUAUCUCAGUGACUCAAAUUUGGGUUGGUUUACCCUCAUCUAAAUUGAAAACUCUGGAAAAAAAUGCCUAUUUUUAAAAGCCGGAAUCCAUUGUUUGUUUAAAAAGUGAUUGUUACAGCCAUGAUGGGGAGGGGUUGCAGCAGUGCUGGGGUGAGAUUGAAGUGUAGUAGCUUUGAUAUACAGUGGGGCAAAAAAGUAUUUAGUCAGCCACCAAUUGUGCAAGUUCUCCCACUUAAAAAGAUGA